AUGCUUCUUAUUGUUAAUUUAUCCAGUUCAUCAUCGUUUCUUUCUCAAAUCACGGUGUAUAACUAUUUUUCCAAUUGUAUACUAUCAACAAUUCGGAGAUUACGUCUGUUGAACACUAAAUAUCAAUCUAUAGCAUUCACGUUAUAUUUUACUGUUGAAAUUAUUUCCUUUACAUCAUUAUUUUUAUUAAUUUCGUUAUUCUGGUGUAUCUAUCAGAAACGAUGUCAUGAUUCUUCUGCGCAAAAGGAAUCUGAACUUACAGUGGAUACAGAAAAAAUAAUACAUGUAGACAAAUCUUCUUCAAUACAAAAAAAUUAUGCUUCAUUAACUAGUGCUGAAAAUUUAGACAACCUUACCAAUAAUAAAACUUCGUUGUUCGGACUUUUAAAAUUUUGCGGCAUUUCUACUGAUUGUUGCCCAAUACUUCAAUUGCAUACAAAAACUCCUGACAAUACUGUUCGGUUGAAUUCACCUAGUGAACAAUAUGGUACAAACUCAUUGGAUGGUACUGUUGAUCCAAUUCAAGAAUCGAAGAAUUUGGAAUCUGUUAUAAAAAAGUCUACCGUAUCACUUUCUCCAUCAAUUGCUAAUCGUCGACAUCAGACACCUCCUCCACAUUUACUUACUUCUUCGUUCAUGGCAACCAGUCCACCAGUUGAAACUCAGUUGUAUCAUAUUCAACCUAAAGAAUUUGUAUUCAGUCAAGCAUGUAAACCAAUGCCUAGUUCACUUAUGUUACAGAAUAAUAGUUUGGGUGCAUUCACACUUACUCCAACACAACUUUUGAACAAUCCACUCAUAUUAAAUACAUCAGCUGAUGUUUUACAUUCUCAUUGUACACCGUGCGAAUCACAGUCUGCACCAUGUAGUCAAACUUUAAUCGCAACGCAACCGUUACCUUUAUUAAAUUUACCCUAUAGUCAUGUUACCUGUCCCAAUCCAGAUACAGUUACUCAGGAAUUAAAUCAGUCGUCAUGUACUAACACUACUAGUUGUACUGGUAGCAGUACACAAGUCCCGAAAACCUAUCCAGGCAUUGGAUUCACUGCGAGUCGUCGAGCGCGAUCCAAAGGUCUUUUGGAAAGUCGUAGAGGAUCACGUACAUCACUUACAUUAUCUUUAUCUCCGUCAAUUGAUUCCCCUACUCCUAGCUAUUCUGUAGGAUCAGCACAGUUUAGUGUAUUUGGUGGCAGUCUUGAUGAAGAUCCAUGCACAGCUGAAGUUUUGUCAGAAGAAAAUGAAUCUGGUAAUAAUAUUGAUUCUGUUAAUAAUAUUGAUAACUCAAACAUUUUACAUGAUAAUAGUAUGAGUAGUUCUAAUAAUAAUAAACAUGUAAACUCCCGGUGUAAUUAUUUACAAUCAUUAAAUUCUUUUUCACACACUACAAUUAUAUCGAAACAACAACAACAAAAUUUCACGACUACUAUUUCACCAUUAACAUCUUCAUCUAGUACGUGCAAUAAUGGCAUUGUUAAUUCUCAACACAAUAAUUCAAUUAAUGAUACUCAAAUUGGAUUAAUUAAUAAAGGACAAUAUUUUGUGAAUAAUCGAUGUAAUUACAUGUGUUUUCAUCAUCAUCACCAUCAUCAUCAUCAUCGGCAUCAUUUUCAUCAUUUUGCUAUUCAUCAUUGUAAAUUAGACACUGGUUUCCCUUGUUCAUUAGGCAAUUUAACAUGUCAACGUAAUCGGGAUUUAGAACAAUUAAUAAAUGCUAGCCUACCAUUAACGUACGAUCAAUUGAAAAUUAAACUACGCGAUAAUUCUACAGCUUUAUUUCAAGAGUUUUGGGAUAUUCCUAUGAAUCAUGCAGAUAAAAAAGAAUUGCCUAUACCUGGAAUUUGUCAUAAAAAUCGUUAUCAAUCUAUUCUUCCAAACUUCUCAACUCGUGUUAUAUUACCUGUUAUCAACAAUGAUAUAACUUCCAGCUAUAUUAAUGCAAAUUAUAUUAAAGGUUAUAAAAGUCGUCCAAAUGCAUUUAUUGCUACUCAAGGUGUUAUGCCACACACAAUAAAUGAUUUUUGGCGUAUGGUAUGGUAUUCUCAUGCACCGACCAUUGUUAUGAUUACGAAAUUGGUUGAAAAUAAAGAAGUUAAAUGUGAGUUAUAUUUACCUGAUUCUUCUGGUGAAGAGGAUGUAUUAUCAUUUGUGGAAAGUCAAUCAUUUACUACUAGUCCAUUAUUCAAAAGUGAUCCAUGCACACCUGAUUUCGAUGCUAUGAAUAACAAUACUAAUACUGCUACUACUACCACUACCAAUAAUAAUAAUAAUAAUCCUUUAUCAUCUGUAAAUAUUGUUGCAACAAAUAAUUCACAGAUUACAAGUAUUUCAACUAAUCCAUUAUUACCAACUUUAUCAUCACCGUUCUUUUCACAAUCUUCAACAUUAUCAUAUCAUUGUGGGCAUUCAAAUGAUCAGUCCGAUAUUGAUACAACUAAUAUUAGCUCACCAAUUUCAACUAGUUCUAAUAUUGCUACUACUGAACCAUCUGGAAUUCUCCGUAGUCGAAUAGAUAUAUCAAAACAUUUACACGAUAGUGGCAUAGCAAGUGUAGAUGACCAAUCUUCAAUAACAGAUAAUAGUAAUGUAAUAUUUACUAACAAUAAUUAUAAAAAUAACAAUAACAUGUCUGAUAAUCAAAACAGUGGAAAAUUAUCUAAUGAUCGAGGUAUAAAUUUUUAUCAAUCUAUAUCAUUGCCUGGUACCAGCAAAACAUUUGGAAAUAUAAGUGUUAGUGUGUUGUCGUUGGAAAGACAUGAUGGAUAUAUAGUACGUCAUCUGCGAUUAAGUUGUGGUACAGAAAAUAGAGAAGUUAUUCAUUUCUGGUAUGUUGCAUGGCCUGAUCAUUCAUCCCCUGAAGCCACCGCUUCUGUACGUAGUUUAAUUGAACUUGUACAAGCUGUUGAAACUUGUCGUAAAAAUGCUAGUUCAUCGUCAAAAGUAAAAUCAACAGAUAAAUCUGAAAUCGAUUCAAAUAAUAAUGAUGAAGAUGUAAAUUUUACAUAUUGUAAAACAUCACCAGAUACUCAAUGUUUUCAUGCUUCAUCCUAUCGUCCUAAACUAAUUCCAUCUUUACAAAAAAUGGAAUUAGAUCAAUCGGAUCAUGAAGAUGCACCAAUUAUUGUACAUUGUAGCGCAGGUCUUGGACGUACUGGUUGUUUUAUUGCUUUGUGUAUAGGUUGUGAACAACUUGAAAAAGAAGGUAUGGUUGAUGUAUUAAAAAUAGUGAGUCGAAUGAGAUUAGAUCGUGGCGGUAUGGUACAAAGUAAUGAACAAUAUGAAUUUAUUCAUCAUGUUCUAGCUGCCUAUCCAUUAAAUAAAAAAACCGUCAAUGUGAAUCAUCCUCAUUUACCUGUGAUGUAAAACAUGGUAGUAGUUAGUUAAUGGUUUAUUUAAUUACAUAAUAAAUUUUGCUUAUCAUUGUUCCCAUA